AUGAAUCUGGUGCAGAGUUCAGGCCCCAAAGUCAUCUGUGACCCAAAGCUGCAGCCAGACAGAGCCAGGACCAUCUGUGCCGACUGCAUGUUAUGCUGCCACUGCUCCAUGCUCCAGUCCCCCAAGCACGCUUCCCCAGAACUGUUUGGCAGCCUGCAUCUGAGAAGCCUGACCAACCCCUUCAUGAGGCUGCUCAUCUCUAGGUCCAGAAACACCUGUGCUGGAGACCAGAUUGGCCCUUGCAUCCAUGACAAGCAUUCCGGCUGCACCCUUAGGGCUCAUUCUAAAAUCGCAAUGAACAACUAUACGGCUGUGGUAGAGUUUGUCCUGCAGGGAUUCUCUAUGAAUCAUGCAUUCCAUGCUUUUUUCUUGGUAUUUUUUCCCAUUUCCUAUCUAAUGGCUCUUGCAGGAAACACCCUCAUUUUCAUGGCCAUCAGCCUGAACCCAAGUCUUCACACCCCCAUGUACUUCUUCCUUGAAAACCUGGCUCUGAUGGACAUUGCCUGCACAUCCACUGUUCUUCCCAAGAUGUUGGAGGGUCUGGUGGGGAAGGGCAGCCACAUCUCCUAUAAGGGAUGCUUGACUCAGCUUUUCUUCCUAACCUGGGUUCUGGGGGCUGAGCUGCUGCUGCUCACAGCCAUGGCCUAUGACCGCUAUGUGGCCAUCUGCCGCCCACUGCACUACAGCAUGCUGAUGAGUCGGCCCGUCUGUGUCCUGCUGGCGGGCAGUGUGUGGGCCAUCAGUGCAAUCAACUCCUCUGUACACACUGGCCUGAUGGCAAGGCUCCAUUUCUGUGGCCCCAACCAAAUCCGCCACUUUUUUUGUGAAAUUCCAGCACUGCUACUGCUGUCUUGCAGCCCGACCACCCUCAACGACAUCAUGACUGUCAUUGCAGAUGUUUAUUUUGGUGUGAUCAACUUCCUGUUUACCAUGAUAUCCUACAGCUUCAUCAUUGCCAGUAUCCUACGCAUCCGCUCUGCCGAGGGUAAGAGACGUGCUUUCUCCACCUGCUCUGCCCAUCUGGUGGUGGUCAUCUUAUACUACUCUACUGUCAUCUAUACCUAUGUACAGCCUGGCUCUGGAUCCUCCGGAAAUAGCAAGGUGGCUGCCUUAAUAUACACAGCAGUCAGCCCGACCCUGAAUCCCCUCAUUUACUCUCUGAGGAAUAAGGAUGUCAAAGUGGCUCUCAGGAAGGUGUUUCCCUCUGUCUGUUGA